UCGACAUGGAAUUAUGACAAAACGAGAAUAUCGUGGUGCAAGACAAGUUGAACCUUUAUUUGAAUUUAUUCGCCAACAAGUUGAAUCAUCAAUGAUUAAAUUAUCAAAACCAAAUGAUUUAUUAACAUUAGAUAAAAAAAAACAUUAUGUUAUUGGACAUUUUGAUAGUGAAACAUCGGAAAAUUAUCAAAUCUUUUCCAAAGUAGCAAGUCUUCUCAGAGAAGAUUGUCAUUUUGCUGGAUCGACUAAUAAAGAUGAAUUUAAAAAUGAACGUCCAACAAAUGAUAUUGUUUAUUAUCGUUCAUCUCAAUCAUCAAAUGAAAGUGAUCAAUAUUAUACGGGAUUAAUAAAUAAUCAAGCAUCAUUUUAUGCAUGGUCACAUGAAAAAUGUAUUCCAUUAGUUCGAGAAAUAACAUUUGAAAAUGCCGAAGAAUUAACAGACGAAGGUUUACCAUUUCUUAUUUUAUUUCAUCAUGUUGAUGAUCAUCAAUCAGUUGCAUUAUUUCAACGAGAAGUUGCCAAACAAUUAAUGCAUGAACGAUCGGGUAUUAAUUGUUUACAUGCAGAUGGAGCAAAAUUUUCUCAUCCGUUACAACAUUUAGGAAAAAAAUUAUCGGAUUUACCAUUAUUAGUUAUUGAUAGUUUUAAACAUAUGUUUCUUUUUCCAGAUAUUAAUUUAAUGUCAGUUGAUGGUAAAUUAUUACAAUUUGUUAAAGAUCUUCAUUCAGAAAAACUUCAUAAAGAUUUUCAUCAACCACCAAAAGCAGUUCAAGUAAUUUUGUUUAAAUUUAAUUGUAAAACCAAGGGG